AUGGAGACAAAAACUCCUCCUAUUCUUAGAACAUUUGGAAUAUUCAAUUUUAUGGACAUAGAGAAUCAGACCAUUUUCACUGAUUUGGUUCUUCUCGGCUUUACUGAUAAUACCAAGAUAAACUAUUUGCUGUUUUUUAUAUUCUUCAUAAUCUACAUUGUGACAAUUUUUGGAAACAUUCUAAUUAUUUCUAUAAUUCCCUUUAAUCUUCACUUAAACACCCCGAUGUAUUUCUUCCUCACGAAUCUGUCGUUCAUAGAUCUGUGUAACAUUUCCUGCGCGGUGCCCAAGUUAUUGAUGGACCUCUUCUCUACCCAGAAGACAAUAUCCCUCAUUGCCUGUAGUGCCCAAAUCGUACUUCUUCUAUGGAUUGGAGCCAAUGAGUGUUUGCUUCUUGCUGUUAUGGCUAUUGACCGGUAUGUGGCCAUCUGCCAUCCCCUCCAUUACCCCAUGGUCAUGAAGUGGAGCGUUUGCCGAGGCCUCGCUAUAUUUGUAUGCGUAUUCAGUUUUACCUUUGUCUUUCUUCCAUCAUUUACAAUGCCAGUCACAUUGUGUCACGGUAACAAGGUCAAUCAUUUUAUGUGUGAGGCCCUAUCGGUGAUGAGGCUUGCAUGUGGAGAUGUCCAUGAUAAUGAAAUUGUCGCUUUCUUUUUCAGUUUCAUCUCUCUUUUCUUCCCCUUUGUUAUUAUUCUAGUGUCCUAUAGUUGUAUCUUAUCUUCUGUAUUGAAAAUGAGCUCCGCAGGACGGUCUAAAGCUUUCUCCACAUGCACCUCCCACAUUAUGGUGGUGGCUUUGUACUUUGGCACCGGAAUGGUCACAUAUUUAGGACCUUCUACAGAUGCAUCUUCAAACCAGGAGAAAUAUGUCUCGGUCUUUUAUGUCAUUGUAUCUCCAAUGCUAAAUCCUUUCAUUUACAGUCUGAAAAAUAGAGACGUCAGAGAAACCAUUGCAAAGAUGCUGUCAUAUAAAAAGAAUCGUGGAUGA